AUGUCGUCUACGGAAAUUCAAGGUCGCCCGCAGCUAGCACCAACAGCGUUUUGGUCUCACGGGUCGCCUCUCAUGUGUUGCAAAGAAUCCGAAUCCUCUACGUACUGGGCCAAGUGUGUGCCGGCAUGCCUCAGUCUCCACCCGUUCACUCUACUGACAGAGAAGCAGUUUGGACAGGAAGCCAAGGCCAACGACAUCAAGGGCAUUGAGCUGGACGACCGUAUCCGCGUUGCCACCAAGACGAAGCCCGAUGUCGUGCAAAUGGACAUGGUGCCCUGUGAGUACUGGGAGGACUACGCCAUCAACAUCGACCUGAACUUGGCCGACAAGGUGAUGGCCAGCCUGCGCGAUGCCGGCUUCCCGGACGUCAAGGAAGACCCAACCUUUGACUGGCACGACGACACCGUCACUCCCUCUCGCUGGAUGUUCCCCGACGGCACACCUCCCGCCACCGUCGUCAGCCUGAACGCCCGGUACAACGCCGCCUUCCACGUCAAGAUUGGCAGAGCCCUGGGCAGGCUGCGCAAGGAUGGCAUCCUUCUCUGCGGGACGGGCGGCGCCGUACACAACCUCUAUCGCAACAACUAG